AGUGGACUGAAAAUCUUGUUGGCGGGUUUUCCAGAAAACACUCUUUCUCGACAACAGGAUCCAAGUCUCACAAAGUUGUCAGUCGGUAGAUGUCAGCAGCGAGAGAGGCAGACAAUAUUGGAGAUGUUGCCGCUUUUGAUUCUCCUGGUGUUGUGUCACAUGACAAGUGCCUGGAAGUCUAACCUUGUCACUGAGGCCACGAAAUGUGUUGGAGACGACUUCUUAUUCGACUGGCCCUAUUCCACAAAGUCUGACGAAAGGCUGUUGCCGGUGUUCUGGGUCUCGGACCAGAAUGGCACGAUAGGCAUCCUCUACCUGGACAACUUCUUCCCUGUAUCCCCCCGCGUUCAGUUUGACCCUUCCUCCGGCUUGACGCUGAAGGACCUGAAACCUGUCGACAGCGGGAACUACACAGUCACCGUCAUCGGACCGAACAACACGAAUAUCAAUAUUCAGAAUGUCCACCUGCUGGUAUUCGAACCACCGCAAACGACCAAUGGCCGCCUUGAGAUCUCGAGCGACAAAAUUAAUCAGUUAAAAUGUGGUCACUUCAUCAACCGCGGAACCCCACCUGUGACGGUGGUUUGGGAGGGUCCUGACGGCAGCGAAAUCCUCAGCACUAAUUAUUCUGAGGGUUAUUUUGUCCUCGAACUUCCGGUUAACUCCAUGGAUGGCAACUACUCGUGUCGUCUCGAUCUGAAUUCUAGAAACUGUUUAGCGAGUGACUCGCCAUUGCUGAUGGACGCUGUAUCCGUCGUUGGAAGACGUCCGUCAAAUUACGAAAAGGACCUGCUGGACAUGAGAAGUCAAGUCGAAGCACUAAACUAAAAGUUAGUGCCAUGGCUGGAGAUGCCUUGUUCAAACUAUCCAAUCACAAACUUCAGAAACGCUCAAACAGACAGAGAAAGACGGUAGUGGUGGUGCGAGAAGACAUCGCACAUCUGAAGGAGGUAGUCGAGGACAUGAACGAGACGAUAUCGAAUGCAGGACGCCAUGAUCAAACAGCAGGAGUCGAUCAUCAACACCCUUUUGCAAAGUGUGGCCUCUGUACAGAGAGAGGCAGUCAACUGUUACAACGCAACCACGAAUAUGGAAGAAAAAGUUGAAAAUCUGGAGAAAAAACAUGUAAACUCUUCGCAAGACCUGGAGGAAAGGAUCCGAUCUUUGGAAGGAUCCCAGACGCAGCUGAGUGUCACGGGUGAGAGCCUUCAGCGUCAGGUUGCCAUUCUCACAGGAAACAACUCUCAUCUGUAUUCUGAACUCGCAGAGUUACUAGAUCGUAUGCAGGAAGUUCAUAACAAAUCAACCACCGAGAGUGAAUCAAUUUUAAGGCUAGAACUGACAAAAUUAGAAGAAAAGCAUGAAGAAACCCGGCAAGAAUUCUCGAGUCAAGUUGAUGGCUUGACAGAAAUGCUUUCUAACCUGACAUCAGCAGUAGAAUCAGGAGCUCUGAGCAUGCGCAGUGACUGGCAAGAUCGGACUGCGGCAAUGGAUUCGCUUCUGGAGGAAGUCAGACAAAAUUUCACAGUCUGCGAGGUCAGUUUGGAAAAUAUGAGACUUGAGCAGGGUCAACAACUCCAAAGCCUGAGGUCAGAGUUGCAAGCCCUCGAAUCCCGGCAAAACAACUUCACAGACAGGAUGGAGCGUGAAGUUCAGGCAGGCUAUGGCGAGGUGCUGGCAAAGCUGAAAGAAGAAAGCGACAAACGAGUGGCCUACGAGGAUCACCUGAACAGGUUGGAAAUGCUUGAGGACGAGCGCGAAAGAAAUCGGACAGACGACUACAUGUCCUUGAGAAACGAUCUUCAGCAGAUGUCUAUGCUGCUGGAGUCGGCAAAACAAGAAAGCUCUUUAGCUGAGAUUGAAUUCCGCGCGGAUUUGUCGCUGCUGAACGAGACAGUUGAACGGGAAGUUAGCGCCAUGGGCAAUGACCAGAUGUCCAACAGCGCCGUCUUGCGGCAACUGAAUCAAGACGUGGGCCUAUUGAAGGUCCAGCAACUUGCCACCAACGCAUCCUUGAGCGACCUGCGAAUCUCCAGCCAGUCGCAGAUGAGGUCCAUCCAAGGACUUCUGGACUCCACCGCGGACCGUCUGUACCGGAACUUGACCUCCGCCGCACGCCAGCAGGUCACGGAAGCCAGGUCAGCGCUGGAGGCCAGGCUAACCAGCACCAUCUCGAGGAUCGAAAUAGGGGAAAGAAAAAGUUUGGACCUUGCCAGCAAGAUUGGGUCCCUGGAAACUGCAUUGAAGAAAUAUCACCCUGUCCGCUUGGUGGGAGGCAGCUCAAACAGAGAAGGUAGAGUUGAGAUCCUCGUGGGAAACCUGUGGGGGACAGUGUGUGACGAUGGAUGGGACGAUGUUGACGCUGGUGUUGUCUGUGUGUCGUUGGGGUUCCGUCGGGCGGGAGCAAGGGCGACAGUUGGUGCUAACUUUGGAGCUGGUACUGGACCGAUCUUCUUGGAUGACGUCGCGUGCACCGGAAGUGAAGUGGACAUUCGCCUCUGUACAACCACUCAGCACGGGACCCACAACUGCGGCCAUACGGAGGAUGCAGGUGUCAUCUGCCUGCCUUAAUUACAGGUGCGCAGGGAUUGUUUCACAAGUUGCCUUAUCUUCUCAUCAACAAAAUUAAAUUCAUAUUAAAAGCAGUUCAUUGAAGCCACCAUCAUCCCCACUCUCUCCCUCUGUUGUCCACUCAGCUUUACUCCCCUCUGUUCAAUGGGAUCGUAUGCGCUACUUUGUAACUUGUAAAAUAAUGUAAAACUUUGUACCUUGUGAAAUAAUGGAUAGUGAAAAGAAAAAUGGAGAAUGACAACACUUAGCAUAUGGUGUCAGAUAAAAACAAACACAUAAAUGUACACUGUACAUUUUAUUCACAAAACAAGUUGUUCACAAGGCACUCCCCUUUCUUUUUCUAUCACAAAUAAAACUAUCAAUAACAACAGCAGCACUGGCAAUUUAAAAUCUUAAAAGUUUAAAUUACAGGAAAAAUACAGUUUUAAUUGAGAUUACAUCAGCACUGCUUGUCCAAGUUUAACGAGAUAAUAAAGGCAUUAACCCAUUCAAACAGAUUCAAUUUUUUUUUUUUUUGGUGGGGGGGUUAACCUGUGCAGAUUUAUUUGACAUGCUUUUCUGCACAGCAGCAACAUUGUAAUUUCACACAUAUAAUGAGCCACUAUAUACUAACACUACUAACACUUUGAGAGACCAUCUACCUGCUAACGACAAUUACAUCUACAAUUAACUUCAUUCUUCUUAAGGCAUAUGUCACGUAAAGAUUGUAAACAAAAUACAUGUAUGCAUUGCACAAUUAAAAUAUGUAACAAGCGAAUACAUUCUUUUAUAAAUAAAAUCAGGUUGCCUGACAUUA